AUGAAGAGCUUCGUCAUCGCCGCUGCUCUUGUCAGCGCAAGCUUCGCGCAGACACUCUCCAGCCUACCACAAUGCGGUCAAGUGUGUUUCAACAACAUGCUCGCUCAAGCUGCCACCCUCGGCUGCCCCGAUGUCAAUGGAUCGCCCGACGUUGUCUGUCUGUGCAAGAAUUCCGACUUCAGCUAUGGCCUCCACGACUGUUCCUCUGAGUCUUGCCCGGUUGGUACCGAUAUCUCACCGAUUCUUACGUAUGGACAAAAUUACUGCGCCUCUGCCGCUGCUUCCGCAUCCAGCGCCGGUAGCUCGGUUGGUACUCUCUCCGGAACCUCAGCCUUGACUGUUGGUGGUGCCACUGCCACUGGCCCUAGCGGUGCCACUGCUACUGGCACUGGUGGUUCUGGUGGAAGUGCUUCUGGCUCAGGUGGUUCUGGUUCUGGAUCUGGUACCGGCGGUGCUGGCUCUGGCGGCUCCUCCACGCCAGUCUCUACAGAGACUCUCUUUUCCACCCUUACCUCCGAUGGCAGCACCAUCACCACCGCCGUCGGCACAUCCACCAUCUUUAGCGCAGUUGGUGCAGGUUCAGGAGGCAACGGCGGUUCUUCGACUCCCAUUUCGACCGAAACCCUGUUCUCGACUGGCACCGACAGUGCAGGCAGCAAAUUCACCACGGUCGUGGGCACAUCCACCAUCUUUAGCGCAGUUGGAGGAGCUGGGGUCAGUGACAUCUUCCCCCUCAAAAAAGCAUUGUUCCAGAAUCACUAA